AUGGCGACCAUCCAGAAAGUUGCUAGACUUGCUUAUCAAACUUUCUCCAAAUCAGCACCUGACAAGGCGUUUCUUGAUAAUUUCAAUCGACUAAAACGGAUGAUUAGACAUGUGACUGCUGCUGAUAUCGAUUUUAACCAAGAACUUGUAAAAAGUAAUGAGCUAUUCAAGCCUGAAGGUGGGAAAGCGCCAGUCACGUACAUAGGGCUGUGGGAGGAUGAUUGUUUUUCUAUGGGGGUAUUUGUGUUGAAGAAUGGGGUGACCUUGCCCAUGCAUGACCACCCUGGCAUGCAUGGGCUGUGCAAAAUAAUCAGCGGGACAGUUGACGUCAAACGGUACACUGCAUUGGUGUCGAACAAUGUCGCAAUUCCAUCGGAACUGGCAGAGAAAUACACCAACUGGAAGAAAUAUCUUCAGCCCGCCCGUCGGACACCCGUGACAAGGAUCAAUGCUGAAACAGAUCUGGACGCCUGCUGCCUUUCACCUAUAGAAGAAAACUUUCAUGAAAUUCAGGCGAUAAAUGGGCCGGCAGCAUUUCUUGACAUUCUUGCCCCGCCUUAUAACUCGACGGAGAUAAAUGUGUGUCACUACUUCAAAGACGUUACCCCGAAGUCAUCAGACACAGGACAAUCCGAGUCCUGUGUCCCUGCAGUCUCGUGGCUCCUGAGAGUCCCACAGCCUUUGGAUUUCUGGUGUGAUACUCAUCCCUACACGGGACCUCCUCUAAAUCCUCUGGCAUUAUCUGAGGAAAAACACGGUGACCAGGAUGUGACAUAAGAAUGUUGCCCUGUUAACAGGUCAUGAAUUAACUAAAAGUGCUUUAAUAGACCGUGAUAGACUUUGCCAGUGUAAUGCUGUUUACUGUCUGUGAUUCAAGGAAAUGUGCCAGGUUCUGAUAAACUUCAGUACUUUUCCAGAUAGACUAUGAUAGACUGUGCCAAAUACUGAAUUGUGUGUGAAUGGUUGUUGUAGACGAGAAAAUGUUCAUAAAUACAGAAUUGACCAUGGGAAUGUAUAUAAACUACAUGUACAAUGUCAUGUACUUUGUAAAAGGCACGUCAUUGUCUGUUAAAA